AGAAACAUUCUUGACAUCUUUUUCUUUUACUCCCCUCUUCCCCCAGCAACCAUGUCCCAUCUCGCUCCCACAUCCCUCGUCCGCCCUCACAAAACGUCCAUGGCGGAGCUCAAAUUACGUCGUCUGAACGAACACAAUGCCCGGCUUCGAGAAGACCUCGCCCGGCCCCGAGUCAGAGUCAGUGAAGCUUCCAUCAGUUUGAUCAAGUACUGCUCGAACACAAAAGACCCUCUUUUGCCAUCGGUCUGGGGACCUCCUGGGAAGGGGGAAGACCCCUAUGCACCUCCAGAUACUGGGUGCUGCAUUAUCAUGUAGCCCAGGCCUAGGCUUGUCCUUCAUCUUCGCAUCGACCGCUUGACUCCUCAUAAUACCAUCAACCAAGCCGAAAUACAUUGUAACCUACACUCAACCUCUUGUAACAUCUACAUUAUCACAUCGUUGUAAUCACCACGCUUGACAUCUCCGUUAGUCAGCACUCAAAUAACUGCUGCGCACCCAUCAUCACCCAUUAGAGAAAGAAGAGAGAAAAGAAUAGAAUUGAAGAACCAUGACUGGGAUCGGACGAAGGAGGAGGAAGAGGACAUCAUCUAUCUUGGGCUUUUAGGACACUUUAUCGGACCUUUUAUAUGUACUAGCACAUGCGAGAUAACGUUACAUUUAUUUUGACGAAGAUAACGUCUAAUAACCAACUGAAAUCUAAUCAAACUCAUUCCUAGCAAUCCUUCUCCUCAGAUCACUCCUAGAUACUCCGCCCCUCAAAUCCUUUGGUAAAGCCAGAACCUCCAC